UUGAUUUAAAGCAUAUUUAAAGAUCUAAAUCUGUGCAAUGAGCUGAAUGAACUGCUUUAUCUUGCAGCUAUGGGAUGUCAAGCAUCUAAGCGUCCAAGUCAACGCUCAUACCUUCCUAAACCAUGGCUGCAGAUAGACUGGGGAGCCAAAUCCUCUAAACUGGAGUUCCUAAAGGGUUUCCAACCUCAGGCUGAAGGUCAGCAGCUCAGGAUUCUUCUCCAUGGUCCACCUGGAGCUGGAAAGUCCAGCUUCAUCAACUCUGUCAACAGUGUGUUACAGGGAAAAGUGAUCCGCAUUGCUCCUGUGAAUAAUGCUGCUCAGGCCAGCUUCACUAAAAAGAACACAAGUUACAGGAUUAAGAAACCAAAUGAGGAAAGUUUUUACCCUUUUGUGUUAAAUGACACAAUGAGCCUGAAGACAAAAAGCAGCAGGAGAGUCAGAAGGGUUCACGUAAAGGACAUGAAAAAGGCGAUGAAGGGCCACAUCAAAGAUGGCUAUACGUUUAAUCCUGAGUGCAGUUUGUCCAAAAGUGAUGGAUACUACAAUACUUCUCCAAACGCCGAUGACAAAGCGCACAUCCUGGUAUGUGUGAUUGAUGCUACCUCAGAGCUGAGAAACGAUGUCAUUGAAACAAUUCAGGACAUCAGAGAUGACGCCACAGAUCUGGGAAUUCAUCAAGUUGCCAUUUUCACCAAGAUUGAUGAGGCCUGUGCCAAAACAAAAAAAGAAAUAAGAAAUGUCUGCAGGAGCAAAUUACUGCAUGACAGGGUCCAGGACUUCAGUGAGAAGUCGGGGAUCCCUGAGAACGAUAUCUUCACCAUUAAGAACUACUACAUGGAGAAGGACCUGGACACCAAUGUGGACGUUCUGAUCCUAAACGCUCUUAAACGCAUCAUUGAGAUUGGCAAUGAGGCUCUGAACAAAAACUGAAAAGGGCUGUUUAUUUAGCAAUAAUACAAGCUUUUAGUUGCUUUGUCUUUCUGAUGUUAAGCCAAAAAUAUUUCGAGAAUACUUAUUAACCAGAUGAUGCAGAAAUACAGUAUGUGCAAUUAGUUGUGUUGCUCUCCUUUUAUAUAAACUCACCAAAACUGCAAUGUAUCAGCAUAUCACUGCGGCACACUUUUCCACGCCAAGAUUGUUUUUGAUAAAUUACUACCUUUGCAUGGAAAGUGUCAUAU